GGAGGAGCCGGGUCCACUGCCGGGUGGAGGGGAAAGGCGAGUGUCCUUAUCCUAGCGAUUGGGGCUCGGGCCUGUGAGCCAGUUGGAGUCGCGGCGGCGGGAACGAGCGGAGGGUCCGAGUGGAGGAAGAUAUGUUGCUCUUCGUGGAGCAGGUAACAUCUAAAGGGACUAGUUUAAAUCCUAAUGCCAAAGUAUGGCAAGAAGUUCCUCCAGGAAAUCCUGAUGCUACUCCUGUGACUCAUGGAACGGAAAGCUCUUGGCAUGAAACAGCAGCCACAUCAGGAUCGCAUCCUGAGGGUAAUACAGAGCUUUCAGAGGAUAUGUGUAAGGAAUAUGAAGUAAUGUAUUCUCCAUCUUGUGAAACUGCAAGAAAUACUACAGGCAUUGAAGAAUCAACUGAAGGAAUGAUUUUAGGACCUGAAGAUCUCAGUUACCAAAUAUAUGACGUUUCUGGAGAAAGUUCAGCAAUUUCUACAGAAGACCUAAAAGAAUGUCUGAGAAAACAACUAGAAUUCUGUUUCUCACGAGAAAAUUUGUCGAAGGAUCUUUACUUGAUAUCUCAAAUGGAUAGUGAUCAGUUCAUCCCAAUUUGGACAGUUGCCAACAUGGAAGAAAUAAAAAAGUUGACCACAGAUCUUGAUUUAAUUCUUGAAGUAUUGAGAUCUUCUCCUAUGGUACAAGUUGAUGAGAAGGGUGAGAAGGUGAGACCAAGUCAUAAGCGUUGUAUCGUAAUUCUCAGAGAGAUUCCUGAAACAACACCAGUAGAGGAAGUGAAAUCAUUGUUUAAAAGUGAAAACUGCCCCAAAGUGAUAAGCUGUGAAUUUGCACAUAAUAGCAACUGGUAUGUCACGUUCCAGUCUGACACAGAUGCACAACAGGUGAGAAGACUUUUGAAGGAACUCUUAUAUACAUUUGAGCUGAAGCCUUACACAGCAAGGAUAAAAGCCAUCAACACAUUUUUUGCUAAAAAUGGUUACAGGUUAAUGGAUUCAAGUAUGUAUAGUCAGCCCAUCCAGACUCAAGCCCAAUUUCCCUCACCAGUGUUUAUGCAACCUGUAUAUAGUCCCCACCAACAGUACUCCAUCUAUAGUCUUGUGCCUCAGUCUUGGUCUCCAAGUCCUGCACCUUACUUUGAAACACCACUGGCUCCCUUUCCCAAUGGCAGUUUUGUGAACGGCUUUAAUUCACCAGGAUCAUAUAAAACAAGUGCUGCUGCUAUGAAUAUGGGUCGACCAUUCCAAAAAAAUCGUGUGAAGCCUCAUUUUAGAUCAUCCAGUGGUUCAGAACACUCAGCAGAGGGCUCUGUGUCCUUGGGGGAUGGACCAUUGAACAGAUCUAGUUCAAGAAACUUUCUACCUGAACGACAUAACCCUACAGUCACAGGGAAUCAAGAACAAACUUACUUUCCAAAGGAGACUCCCAUUUUACAGAUGGAACAGAAUGGGGACUAUGGUAGGGGCAGGAGAACACUCUUCAGAGGUCGUAGAAGACGGGAAGACGACAGGAUUCCCAGACCUCAUCCUUCAGCUGAAACAAAAGCUUCAACACCAAAGUUUGACUUAUUAGCUUCAAAUUUUCCUCCAUUGCCUGGAAGUUCAUCAAGAAUACCGGGUGAACUUGUUUUGGAGAAUAGAAUGUCCGAUGUUGUUAAAGGUGUCUACAAAGAAAAGGACAAUGAAGACUUGAGAGUUGGUUGCCCAGUACCUGCAGAAGAUGAACAGACAGACUGCACUUCUACCCAGCAACUCAGUAUAAGUACCAGUCCUCCAUGUACAACUGAACUUCCUGUGUUAAGCACAACUAAGCAAGAAAAGGAUCUGAUAGAAGAUUCCACUGUUCAGAAGGAUGUUCUCAAUCAGGUGACUGUACCAGUUUCUUCCCCAAGUACUGCAAAACCAUCAAGGGCAAACACUGCUUCACCUUGCAAUAGUAGCACAAAUGUACCCGUAGCUGUGGCCCUACAGGAACCCCGAAAGUUAAGUUAUGCUGAAGUGUGCCAAAAGCCACCUAAAGAGCCAUCUCCAGUUCUUGUACAGCCACUACGGGAACUUCGCUCUAAUGUAGUGUCUCCCACCAAAAAUGAAGAGAAUGGAGCCCCUGAGAAGUCGGUUGAGAAACCACAUGAGAAAUCAGAAGCAAGGGCUAGUAAAGAUUAUCCUGGCUUCCGAGGCAAUACCAUUUCCAGGGGAGCAGCUGGAAAAAUCAGGGAACAGAGACGCCAGUUUAGCCAUAGGGCUAUACCUCAGGGAGUGACUCGACGUAAUGGCAAAGAGCAAUAUGUGCCACCCAGAUCACCAAAGUAAAACAAGCAAACAAACAAACAAAAAAAACACAAAAAAACAACUAUUCAGAAACUUUCUCUCUUCCCAUUAAACUUGAGCCGUGGCUAUAUUGAACUGUUUGGAGGAGAGGAGGUAGCCAGGAAGGAAACUGAAAGUAUGUCCUUAAAUCAUUAUGGAUUUUGGAAUUGUGAGUAGUAGGAUCCCAAAAUUCAUCUCUAAAGUGAUUUUAAAAUGCUGGAGGAUUCCAAUCAAUAUAAAUAUAUAUAUAUAAAUACAUAUAUAUAUAUAUAUAUACUCAUAGAUAAAAUAUAAUUUUCUAUUUUUGUUUUGAUUUUAAUUUGCAGAGGUUGUUCUGCCUAGAAUCAAUUUUGAGGGUUCGGAUUUAGCUUGGGGGAAACAAAAACAUCCUUCAGUAUAGGAGAUGAGGGAGUGAGAGAAAAUAUUUUUUGAAGAAGCAUUUCUGUAAAAAUUAGAAAUUACUUUUUUAAAUCUAUUUCAAGUUUGGCUUGGAGAAUGCCAUCUCUGAGUAUAUGGCCUUGUGUUGUAAAGCAGAUCAGUGGCUGGGGUGACUGUUGUGGGUAUGAGUGUAUACUAGAGUGAUUUAAGCCAAAUCUGUUGUCAUGUUAGUAAAUGAUUUGAAA